UCUUCCAGCGGGCAGGUAGUAGCCCCCACCUCCUGAAGCCACCUACAGGCAGAGGCCCCAGAUAUCUCACACCCAGGCACCAGGCCACAGAACCAUGAGCCAGGACAGCAAAGUAAAGACGACAGAGUCCAACCCCCCAGCCCCUGCCAAGGCCAGGAAGUCGCUGCCCAUACUGGACCCAUCUGGGGAUUACUACUACUGGUGGCUGAACACGAUGGUCUUCCCAGUAAUGUAUAACCUCAUCAUCAUUGUGUGCAGAGCCUGCUUCCCUGACUUGCAGCACAGUUAUCUGGUGGCCUGGUUAGUGCUGGACUACAUGAGUGACCUACUGUACCUACUAGACAUCGUGGUGCACUUUCACACAGGAUUCUUGGAGCAGGGCAUUCUGGUGGUGGACAAGGGUAGGAUCUCAAGUCGUUAUGUGAGCACCUGGAGCUUCUUCUUAGACUUGGCUUCCCUGAUGCCCACCGACGUGGCCUACGUGCAGCUGGGCCUGCACACACCCACACUGAGGCUGAACCGCUUUCUGCGUGUGCCACGCCUCUUUGAGGCCUUUGACCGCACAGAGACCCGCACAGCUUAUCCAAACGCCUUUCGCAUUGCCAAGCUGAUGCUUUACAUUUUUGUCGUCAUCCACUGGAACAGUUGCCUAUACUUUGCCCUGUCCCAGUACCUGGGCUUCGGGCGUGACGCCUGGGUGUACCCGGACCCGGCGCAGCCUGGCUUUGAGCGCCUGCGGCGCCAGUACCUCUACAGCUUCUACUUCUCCACGCUGAUCCUGACCACCGUGGGCGACACGCCACUGCCGGCGCAGGAGGAGGAGUACCUGUUCAUGGUGGGCGACUUCCUGCUGGCCGUCAUGGGCUUCGCCACCAUCAUGGGCAGCAUGAGCUCCGUCAUCUACAACAUGAACACUGCAGACGCAGCCUUCUACCCGGACCACGCGCUGGUGAAGAGGUACAUGAAGCUGCAGCACGUCAACCGUCGGCUGGAGCGGCGCGUUAUUGACUGGUACCAGCACCUGCAGAUCAACAAGAAGAUGACCAAUGAGGUAGCCAUCCUACAGCACUUGCCUGAGCGGUUGCGGGCAGAAGUGGCUGUGUCUGUACACCUGUCUACUCUGAGCCAGGUGCAGAUCUUCCAGAACUGUGAGGCCAGCCUGCUGGAGGAGCUGGUGCUGAAGCUGCAGCCCCAGACCUACUCACCAGGUGAAUAUGUCUGUCGCAAGGGCGACAUUGGCCGAGAGAUGUACAUCAUCCGUGAGGGUCAGCUGGCCGUGGUGGCCGAUGAUGGUGUCACACAGUAUGCCGUGCUUGGGGCAGGGCUCUACUUUGGGGAGAUCAGCAUCAUCAACAUCAAAGGAAACAUGUCUGGGAACCGCCGCACAGCCAACAUCAAGAGUCUAGGUUACUCAGACCUGUUUUGCCUGAGCAAGGAGGACCUGCGGGAAGUGCUGAGCGAGUACCCACAGGCCCAGACGGUCAUGGAAGAAAAGGGCCGUGAGAUCCUGCUCAAAAUGAACAAGUUGGAUGUAAAUGCUGAGGCAGCUGAGAUAGCCCUCCAGGAGGCCACUGAGUCCCGGCUGAAAGGUCUGGACAAUCAACUCGAUGAUCUGCAGACCAAGUUCGCCCGCCUCUUGGCUGAGCUGGAGUCCAGCGCACUUAAGAUCGCUUAUCGCAUCGAACGGCUAGAGUGGCAGACGCGAGAGUGGCCAAUGCCUGAGGAAAUGGCUGAGGCUGACGAUGAGGACGAGCCUGGGGAGGGAACUUCCAAGGGUGGAGAAGGCAGGGCUGACCAGGAGGGACUGCCAGGCCCAGAGUGACCCCAUUCCUAUCUCUGGGACUCCCACCCCCAAGUGAAUCCAGAGUUGUAGGAAAUCCUGCCUGCAGAAACUCUGCCAUCUUAUCCACUAGAUAGCAGAGAUAGAGUGAAUUGGGUCUAUAGAUGCCCACCUAGAAAUGUAAAAGUACAGCACAUAUUCAUCCCCAUUCACCAGCACAGACACACACACAGUUGCAUGUACACAUACUGACCCCAAGACUGUGUGCUCUAUAUAAAAUGCUCUGGAGUUCCCAUUCUCAGAUCACACAUGCUUUCUCCCAUAGGUAUGUUCUAUAGGCACAUAAUAUACGCAUUCAGUCAUGUAUCCGAUAAACAAACACACACAUACUGACAGUCACACACCAACAGACACACAGAGGUGAACACACGGAAACACACCCAGGGCCCUCUUGUUCUACGAUGUCUUUUAAAUGCCCCUUAAAAGGGAGGUUCGCAAGUGUACCCUGCAAGUUGCACUUCAAUAAAGUAUUUGC